AUGAGCGCCGAGACCCUGGUUCAAGCUGAGAAUGAAGUGCCGGAAGGAACGCGGGCUUCACAAAUACCUAGGACUUCAUCCGCGGCGUCGCAAGAAGCACGGCAGAAGCAACCUGACACCGCCAGAUCAACCACUGACGGGAGCUCUGCGGCACUUCCAUCUUCAUCUACACCCACACGGAGGGCCUUGUCCAGACAUAGCAGCACGGCAAACAGCACUUUGUCACCGGGCCAGAUCAGCCCUCCAAGUUCACGGCUGUAUCGGAGACAAGUUUCUGGUCUUGUUGGAACAAGCAGCGUCGGAGACGAUGACGAGUAUUCCCGGAGACUGCUCGACACUCCUGCGGACGUUGAAAAGGAAGCCACCGGCGACGAUGGUGAUGAUGGAUAUUCCCUGAGAGUCGUCGACAUGGCGUUGAACGGCGAGUCGCCACCCCGUUGCAUCGCAGAAUGCUACUACGAAGCACAAGUCGAAGGCGUCCUAGCCGGGCUCGGUCCGAUAGAACCAAAGAGCGCACGAAUCUUUUGGAGCGUGCCUCCGCGCAACGAGAAGGCACUGGCGGGACAAAAGCUUUAUGAAAAUAUCGGGCGGAUGCUCGGGCAUGACGUGCAAAGGGCGCCGCAAGCUCUCGGCUCGGCAGCGGACUUUCGAGCCAUAAACAACCCCAUGAGGCUUCGCGCCUCGUGGCAUGGUGCCCGCGUGCCGUUCAUCAUGGAGCUUUUCCAGGUCGAAGAAUCCCUGCCACAAGAGUCUUUCCCGUACAGCCCGGCAUAUCGGUUGCGCAAGUUCCAAGCUCACAUACAGUGUAUGGAGAUGGGGGAAGAUGGGCUAGUCGUUUUGUGCCAGUCGUAUCUGCGGAACGCAAAGGGGAAGCAUGCCAACUUGCGCAAGUGGAACUACUUUGUUUCUGACGCGUACGGGCAAAGACCUGAUGCGCAUGGGCAGAUAAACCCCACGCUCAGGUUUCUCGACGGUUCUCCGACUUCCUUCACCAAACUACUGCUGCUCUCAUUUAUAAACGCCGGGCUUGACUGGACACACCACAAGAUUGCAGAGAUCAAGUCUGCACGGCUCAAGCUCGCGCACAGAACAGAAGAUGACACAAAGAUGCAUGAUGAUGCCACGCUCGAGCUCAUCAGGUCGGUCACGGAAUGGCAAAAGAUCAUCGUGGCCAACAACGAAGUCUUGGUCAACAUUUGCCACGGCUUGGCCGACUCUGCCAGCUACAUGAUCCGCCACUUGCAGUGGGAACUUGGAGCAGGAGCAGGUCAGGCAUCCGCCAGCGACCAGCCGGGCGUGACGCCGAGCAGCUGGAAGUGUGUGGCCCUGGACAUCACCGUGAGCUUCGAGGAGCUGAUGAAGCAGUCGACACAGGUCUCCAGCUCCGAGCAGCAACGUCACGGACUGUACAAAGUCCAUGUCGACGCCAAGGCUAGCCAGAAUGCGACACGGCUGACCAUUCUCGCGGCCACUUUCUUGCCGGCCUCGCUGGCAGUCGGGUGUCUCAGCAUGACUACCCGUUUCAAGGACCUCAAGUUUUUGUUGUUUGAUAUGCUUGGCCUCAUGCUCAUCAUCAGCGGCGUGGCCGCUGUGUCACUGGGCGUCAUCUGGUGGACACAUGUCAGCUCUCAUGGUCCAUGGAGGACCAAGACGGGCCGUUUGCAGUUUCUCAGGACUAGGAAGUGGUGGACGUUUGCUGGGUUUGCCAUAUAUACUAUCAUGCUGGCAUUAUUCUUGGUAGGCAUGUUUCGGGACCCGUUGUUGAGUGUUAUUUUCCUAGGUGUGUUCGUAUGUGGGCUCCUGGGUUACUCUGUUGUCUCGUACGUGAGGUUGUGGCCGUCAUUAUUCAAAUAA